CAGGUGGCACGAUACAUUCGGCAAGUGCUGUUGGCAGUGAACUAUUGUCAUUCGCUGGUGAUCCCCGUGAUUCAUAGAGAUAUCAAACCAGCGAACGUCAUGAAGAUCAAGCCGGGCUCUUCGUCAGAUGUGAAGCUUAUUGACUUUGGCUUGGCUACCUUUAGCAAGGAGGGUCAAGGGGCUUCCCGAAUCGGAGGAACCCCUGAGUUCAUGGCACCUGAAGUGUGGAGUGGCACGUAUGGUCGGCAGUGCGACUGCUGGUCCAUUGGCAUGAUGCUCUACUACCUGCUUGUGGCGCAUUUUCCUUUUCAACGCUGCGAGCCGUCCAGAUAUCCGAGGAUGUGGCCAAGCUUCAAGUUGACCUUUCCCAGCAACCAAGGCUGGGGCUCCCGGAAUCUGCGCUCUGCGCGUGACUUGAUUAGAAAGCUGCUGACCCUGGAGCCGCGCAUGCGGCUGAGUGCAGGAGGGGCACUGAAGUCGGAGUUCAUCAAGAAAUAUGGUCGAUCCAGCAGCUUCGCCGGUUACGCCAGUGCUGCCAUGGGGGAAAUGAUGAGGGGAUAUCAGAACUUCAACGCCACGCCGAAGCUGACGCAUGGGCUUCGCACCUUUAGCCAAGUGCCUCGC